AUGGGUGCAAAUUGCAUUUGUGAUCCAAACAUUUUUUCUACUAUGCCAAGGGUUUAUCCUCUCCACAGUCCAACCAUGAAAGAUGUUAUGAGAUUUGCGCCUGAACUUGAAAGUUUGUUUGUAUUCUGCCGUUGGCUUUUCCGUCAACUUGACCUGUGUGCCAAAUGUAUACGGAGUCUGAUUAGACAGCAGACCCUUGAAAAAUGGAAGAGUCAAUCGAAUAUACUCUUCCAGCGGUUGUUCCUUGCAUUAAAUGUGCUACUUAUCAUUCUCUCGGUGACAACUCUCUUGAGUAAGAACUUUAGUGGGAUUGUGUACCACCUUUAUUUCAGCACAAAUGCCAUGGUCCUUACCAAGUAUUACUUCCUAGAACAGCACAAUCUACCCGAUGAGCCUCCACAACAUUGUAUAAUGACCCCUGUGGCCAUGAGUCCAUGCCUUUACAUUAUGAAGAGCUUGGUGCUAGUCCAUGCCGGUUUGCAACCAUGGUUUGUGAUUCCAGUAAUGCUCCAUUCAUUGCUAGAUUUGAGUCACUACUUGCUCAAUCACUUAAGUCCAGAAGUCCAAAUUUGUGUUGCCGUUAGACCUCUUUACGACUAUCUUCGAGUGCCGGUGAAAAUGGUGGAAGCUUAUGCAGAUAUGUGUAUCUGUGUUUCAUUGGUUGGAAGUUCUUAUACGUUGGCUGCAAUUUAUUCCAUGAUUUUCGUGUUGAAACUUGAACACUCUAAUCCUAGUCGAAAAUCACUUUGGUAUCUUGUCCUUUUCAUUGACCGCAUUUUCCUCAACUUGAACUCGAGUAUCUAUCAACACUGGUCAAAUGUCAAGAAUUUCUUAGCCAUGUCUCUCGAGCCGGCAGUUGAUGUUCCUCCCCCAAUGCCAAAACUUAGCCGCAAAAAGAGAAAACCUCAAUCACCAGAACCAAGUAUCAGAUUGGCCUCUUUCGCUUUAGAUACUAUCGAGGUUAUCAAUGAUCUCAACUAA